AUGAGAUUCAUCCUUCAGAUAUUUGUGUUUGUGACAUGGUGCACUACCAGUGUUUUCUCCACAUGGGAAGUUCUGCAGACUGUUCAAGGAACUAUUGGAGCUGAGAACUACACAUACUACCGAGUAACUCGUCCCGGUCGUUUAUUGAUCGAAUUAAAAACUCUUCAAGGGGAUGCUGACCUUUACAUAACUGCCAAAACUGAUCUCAAACCCACCUUUGAAAAUAUUCAUAACGACUUUGAGUCCUCUUCAUGUGGUUUAGAUAGUGUAGAAAUCGAUGAUUCAUACCCCAGACCAUUUGGCGUUGGCGUGUACGGCCAUUUUAUAUUUGAGGUUUCUACUUUCGAGCUGUCAGUGAUUCAGCUGCCAGAGUUAGAGGAAUGGGGCUACGAUCAUUUGACAGAGCACUACUACAACUAUGAGGCGGCUGAUCACUUGUUUCUCAACUACGACGCCUCUGAUUACAUGUACAGGGAUGUGAAAGGGCAUCUGAAAAAGCAUAGCAAAACAAAAACUGAGACUGCAUCUUCAUCUUCUGCGGGCUAUGAAAGUUAUGAUGAGGAGGAGAGUGCUGGUUCCAUCAUCUGGCAGAUAUUGUUGACUUUCCUGAAAGUCAUUUUCGAAGUAAUUCUGUGA